GGUGGGUAUAGAAACUAGUGACAUAGGAAGAAACUAGUGACAGAGGAAGAGACUAAAGUGAAAAUGUCAACAUAUUAUUCGAAUCCGAAUGCAAGAUAUCGUGGUGGCUCUCGUCGUUUAGUUAAUCAUAAAACUAAUAUUUGUUACCUUGGAACAUUUUGUAAAAGCUACGGCGUAGUCCUACAUCGUUAUCUUGUGCGCCGCUCCGGAGUUAGUGGGCUUCUAAUGAUAAUAGGAACAGGUCUGCGAGCAGCGCUAAAAUUGGCUGCUAAAUUGUCUACUAAAUAUCUUGUUUUUUAUGCACAAACGCACUUUAUUACUGGUUCCAGUUCUCGCCUACAUGGGCUUACACUGGAGGUCGUUCAUACCAAAUUGUUGGCCUUGGCUGGAACGCAUCUGGAGAUUUAUCAUGCCAAGUUAUCCUAGUCCGAAUUCCCUUCCCAGAGAUGAAGUGGAGAGUCAAGUGUCUCUAGUAAGUGUAGUAGUGGAGCCUUCUGAUUCCCUUCCCAGAGAAGAAGUGGAGAGCCAGGAGUCUCUAGGAAGUGUAGUAGUGGAGCCUUCUGAUUCCAUUCCCAGUGGAAAAGUGGAGGUUCCGGUUCUCAGGUCACUUAGGUCAUUUGAUAUUGAAGACACCAAUGAAUACUACUGCAUGUAUGACUCGACAUGGGAGGAUCAUCCAAGCGAAGAAACAAGUGAAAGAAGGACCAAACAUUCAAACAAGUUUAACAGAUUCAGAAGUGCAGCAAGGGAUAUGCAGAAGUACAGGCAUGAUUAUCCAGGGCAAGGAUCAAACUUGUACUUUGGCGGGCAACAACAAGAUGAUAUGCCUAAUUUACAGUUCUACCGUGGACAAAUACCCUCCUCCCCUGAUGGUGUCUUCAUUGAGGACUUUCACAAUAAAUGGCACAGGAAAUAUUCAAAAAUGGAAGAAGUUCACUCAUACAUCCAAUGGUGGUUCCCACUUCAAGAACCAGGAAUGAAUUAUCAAGCCAAGGAACUCACCAAGAAGGAAAUUGAGGCUUUCCUUGAAGAUGGCACAGCAAAGCAGAGGCUGGUCAUGUCCUACAAGCUCAUGCUGGACUUCUACGGCAUAGAGCUGUCAAAUGACAUAACAGGGGAAGUGAAACUUGAGAAUAACUGGCGUGAGAGAUUUGACAACCUGGAAAGAAACACACACAACAACCUGCGCAUCACCCGCAUCCUGAAGUGCCUGGGAACUCUGGGGUUUCCCCACUACCAGGCCCCACUGGUCCGCAUCUUCCUAGAGCAGACUCUUGUCAAAGGCAAGCUGUACAAUGUGAAGGAAAGUGCCCUCAACUACUUCAUCUUCGCUGUCAUUGCUAAGCAAGAGCGCAGGAAUUUAGUUAAGUAUGCCUAUGCACACUAUGAGCCCAAACAUGAGUUUGUGUGGUGCCCCAAGACAAUCCAGAGUAUAUUUAGGGGAGAGACAUUCCCAGAUGAAAAACCCAAUUGAUCUGAAACAGGAUGACAUUGACGACAACACUGCCAGUUAUCAGUCUGUCUCUCACGAUGUUAACAAGAAUGAGCCAAUGGAUAGGAGUGGAAUGGCAGGUGAGGUUUGUGACUUAAUGCGAUUUGGGUCACCAAACGAUGCAUGGUUGAGACAUGUAUCCAUACCUCAUGAUAAUGUGCCUGAUCUGUCGACGAGGUACACUCUGAGAAACAAAGGGACCAGUCAGGGCACAAAGUCUACUGGUGGAAGGAAUCAAAACACCAAUGUUGAUUCAUCUCAUGAGGAUCUACCAAUUAGGCAAAACGAUAUUGCUCAAUCCAGUUAUGGAGCUUGUGAUAGAGGUAGCUCUAUAACUACCCCCUACCCUAGUCAGCACCCCACCAUCGAUUCUCUGAAGCAAUCAGAUUGUCAACCUAGCAGUGGACAUUCAGAGGGAAAUACUAAUAAUUGGAGAAAGAGAGCUGCAGAUAAGACAACAGAGCAUGAACUUCCCAAACGUAUCAACGUUUCAGAGGGAAUGACUAAUGCUGAUCAUGAUGAAAGAAAGAAUAAGAGAGCUGUGGGUAAUAAGGGAGCUGUGGGUAAGGAAAGACUAAUGCCAAUGAUCAUAAGAGUGGGGUAGCUACAGACAAGAAAGCAGAGAGUGGCAGUGGUCUGGGUAGCCAUUUGAUUAGCUGUUCAGGAGUGUUAUGGAUUGGGGUAGAAGCUAUUUAAAGUGAAUCAAUUUAUUACAUCUGAUUUCUGAUCACAUGUAUAAUAUAUCAGUGUGUUAUUAUCCACAUUUUUCAAAACAAUACAAAUGUUAUACUAUUGAUUAUGUUAGUGGUUUAUUUUGUAAUAGCAUAUUUUUAGUUUGGGGAAUUUGUUAUAUUGAUUUGGGGUAAAUGUUCAGAUUUGAAUGCUUAUGCUUGCCUCAAAAGGUAUUUCAAAAUACUUUCUACUGCUUAAAAUAUUUAAAAUAGCUUUAGUGCCUAACCAUGUGUACCACCAGGGGUGCCUAAUGAUUUGCAUAAACAUGACUUCGAAAUGUGAUUUUAAUAAAGAUUAGAUAAACGGA